UCUCGGGCGGGCGGCGAGCGCAGCGCGGCGGGCCUGGCGGCAUGGCUGUGUCCUGGAGGAGCUGGCUGGCCAACGAAGGGGUUAAACACCUCUGCCUGCUUAUCUGGCUCUCCCUGAACGUUUUGCUUUUCUGGAAAUCCUUCCUGCUGUAUAACCAAGGGCCAGAGUAUCACUACCUCCACCAGAUGUUGGGGCUAGGAUUGUGUCUAAGCAGAGCCUCUGCAUCUGUUCUUAACCUCAACUGCAGCCUUAUCCUUUUACCCAUGUGCCGGACACUCCUGGCUUACCUUCGAGGAUCCCAGAAGGUUGCAAGCAGGAGAACCAGAAGAUUGUUGGAUAAAAGCAGAACAUUCCAUAUAACCUGUGGUGUUACCAUCUGUAUUUUCUCAGGUGUGCACGUGGCUGCCCAUCUGGUGAAUGCCCUCAAUUUCUCAGUGAAUUACAGAGAGGAUUUCAUUGAACUGAAUGCAGCAACAUACCGAGAUGAGGAUCCUAGGAUUCUUCUCUUCACAAGCGUUCCUGGCCUGACAGGAGUGUGCAUGGUAUUGGUGCUCUUCUUGAUGGUCACAGCUUCUACAUAUGCAAUACGAGUUUCUCAGUAUGACAUCUUCUGGUACACUCAUAAUCUCUUCUUUGUCUUCUACAUGCUACUGAUGUUGCAUGUUUCAGGCGGGUUGCUGAAGUAUCAAACUAAUUUAGAUACCCACCCUCCUGGCUGCAUCAAUCUUAAUAGAACCCACAACUGGAACAUUCACUUACCCGAAUAUCUCUCAGAACAUCUUCAUGAAUCUUUCCCUGGAGGAUUUUCAAAACCAGAUGAAGUUCCCUGGAACACAUCGGUGAAGAUUUGUAUGGAAGAGCCCAGGUUCCAAGCUAAUUUUCCACAGACUUGGCUUUGGAUUUCUGGACCUUUGUGCCUGUAUUGUGCUGAAAGGCUUUACAGGUGCAUCCGGAGUAAUAAGCCAGUCACCAUCAUCUCAGUCAUAAGUCAUCCCUCAGAUGUCAUGGAAAUUCGAAUGGUCAAAGAAAAUUUUAAAGCAAGACCUGGCCAGUACAUUAUUCUACAUUGUCCCAGUGUAUCUGCAUUAGAAAACCAUCCAUUUACCCUCACAAUGUGCCCUACUGAAACCAAAGCAACAUUUGGGGUCCAUCUUAAAAUAGUAGGAGACUGGACAGAACGAUUUCGAGACUUACUACUUCCUUCACCUAGUCAAGACUCCGAGAUUCUGCCCUUUGUUCAGACUAGAAAAUAUCCCAAGCUAUAUGUUGAUGGUCCAUUUGGAAGUCCAUUUGAGGAAUCAUUGAACUAUGAGAUUAGCCUCUGCGUGGCCGGAGGUAUUGGAGUAACUCCAUUUGCGUCAAUACUCAACACCCUGCUGGAUGACUGGAAACCAUACAAGCUUAGAAGACUGUAUUUUAUCUGGGUGUGCAGAGACAUCCAGUCCUUCCGUUGGUUUGCAGACUUACUCUGUGUGUUGCAUAAUAAGUUUUGGCAAGAGAACAGACCAGACUAUGUCAACAUCCAGCUGUACCUCAGUCAAACAGAUGGGAUACAGAAAAUAAUUGGAGAAAAAUAUCAAGCACUGAAUUCAAGACUUCAUAUUGGACGUCCUCGGUGGAAACUUCUGUUUGAUGAAAUAGCAAAAUGUAACAGAGGGAAAACAGUUGGUGUUUUUUGCUGUGGACCCAGUUCAAUUUCUAAGACUCUUCAUAAACUGAGUAACCAAAACAAUUCAUAUGGGACAAGAUUUGAAUACAAUAAAGAAUCCUUCAGCUGAGAAUUUUUGCCAUAAACCAGGACUCUAAAGAAGGAAUGAGUGCAAUUUCUAAGACUUUGAAAUGCAAAUGGUUAUGUCAUUCCAAAGAGUAGCAAGGCUUUCUUAUUUAUGAUUAUUUAAAAUAGAAAUGCAGAGAAGUAGCCAGAUGACAGGUCACAUUACAUGUUUAAUCUGGAAACCAAAGUGGCCCUUUGAUGUGAUUAUUCACUUUUCAGUGUUAGAAUUAAAACUAUUAGAUGUGCACUGUUGAUUUUUAUGGCAGAUUCAAGAACUCCCCAGUGAGGAGCUACACUUGCUCACUGUGUGACUGAUAGCCUUGCUCCUCUUUAAAUUGUUUUUGGUUGAACAAAUGCAAGAUUGAACAAAAUUAAAAAUUCAUUGAAACUGAGAUUAUAUUUUCUACUUAAGUAUAAAUAGAGCUGAUUUAGAAAAGCUCCGGGCAAACAUAUUAGAUGUUUGAAGAUACAGCACAGGACUCUCUAUUGAUACGGGUACUUUGUGUCAAUAUCUAAUCUUGCUCACUACUGAUGUUAAUACCUCUAUUUGAUGUCUGUAGACUUUAUGUUGAAUGAAUCUUUUACAGAUGUUGAUAUAGUAUCUAUUUUUAUAUAUUUCUCUCUUUUGUUUCCCCCUCUGUCUAGGGAAAUCUUUCCUCCCUUGGAAUGCAUUAAGCACAAUGAUUUAAUCAGUCAUUUUCACCCUCAAUUUAUUUAAUCAAUUAUUGUUGCAUAGUAAUGAAGAGAUAUUAUUACUAUAAAUUAUAAAGGGAUAUAUAGACUAAUAAGUUUUUUUCCCUUUUCAGCAUUGUGAUCUCUAUUAUUUUUAUUUACUUUUUUUCCCAGCAUAGUUUGUCUUAGUUUUUAGCUUCUUAAGGUACUUAGUUUAAUUUGCACUUUGAGACCAAAGCACAUUGUGCCUGUCCGUGGUUACUGAGAUAGAUCUCUCUUUUGUCAACAUCUUGGUUAUGUUGGAGAUAUUGAAAGUGUACUCACAUGUCUAACAGAGAAUCUGUAUUUUACAUCUUACACAAGAUGAAAUACUUCAUUAGUUAUUCAUUUCUAAGUUCAGAAUCAAGCAUAUUAUUGCUGCACCAUCUGGCAUUCUGGUUCUCAGUAAGGAAUUAUUGAGUUUAAAGUCAUUGUUGGCAUUACUCUGUGUGAACCUAUCAGUUCCUGUUCCCUGGCCAUUAUAUUCUUGGCUCAUAGGAAAAAAUUAAUUCACCAUAUUACUUUAAGGCAUUUUUUACAGUUUAGUGAUUUUGUUUUGUAGACAUCUAUCAGCUGCUAUCAAAUAUAGCACAUUGCUGAAAUCAGCACCAUGAUUUGUGUUGCCUUUAUUUAAAUUUUGCAUGAUACAAUAUAAGUUGAUAGAUGUUACUGUCGGUUUUGUUUUUUUGUUUUUGUUUUUUGGUGGGGAUUUACCAAUAGCAGUCAAGCUUGUUAAACCAUCCAGCAUUGGAUGCCCAUUAAUAUAUUACUUACAGAUAUUUCUUUCUCUCUUUGUAAUUCUUUCUUCUCCCUUCUGAGGAAGGCUUGUCAGAAAAAGACAUGGGAAAUGUGCAAUGUUCCUGAAGAUUUAGCUCUGAAAACAUAUUUAAUAAAUAGUACAUCUUGACAACACUUUCUAAAUUAAAAAUAGUUUUCAUGUAAACAUGUAACAGAAAGAACUAGUAAAAAGAAAGUUAGUAAAGGCUUGAUGUGCAAUACUAACUCUUUAUUGAUCAUAAUUUAUUUAAGUGAUUAUAUUAAUACACCUAAUUUCAUUAAACCAGGUGGAAGAUUUUUCAAAAGAAGAGUAAUCUUUCCAAGUAAGUAGGUCUGCUAUUCCAGAUGAGCCAUUUUGCCUAUUUUAAAUUCCAGUUAAUGUACAAACAUUGUGUGAACAUAGGUAAUUUUUGCUUCUGUAGAUAGGGCUUCAUCAUGCAUGUAGAUGAGAGCUUUGUUUUGUUCUGAGAGAUCCUUUCUCUCUAGCUAAUUCUUGUCACACAGAUCUUAAACUGUGAUUUUGGUGGCAAUAAAUGUUAAAAUUGAAAUAAUAUCCUCUAAAUCUCUAUAAGUUUACUUUGCCUUCACAAAAUACAAAACAGGCAGAGUUUCUUCACCAGAUAAUGCAAGUUGCAGAAACAUCAUCUAUUAGAUUGUGUACUGGCAUGAACAGCCAUAGGGAUUUGUGUUCUGAGGCUAUCAGUGUCCCUGGUUAAGGAUGCGACUGUGGCAAAUUGCUCCGCACUCUGGGAUUUCUCAUUUGGACCAGAUCCACACUCAAUUAGUCUUCUUCAGGAAAUGUAUCUUUUUGAGGACAUGAUUAAAAAGAAAUAUUAUGGCAUAUGUACAAAAGAUACAGACAAUCUUGGGGACCCAAAAAAAAUCUCCAAAAGCCAGGACCCCUGUUUUAAGAAUCUCUGAACAAAAUUGCCAUCAUUAUAGAUAUUUUUUAAACUGUAACUUUCUUUUCUUUGAUUUUUGGAAUAAACUAUCAAUUUUUUGUAGAUUAUACUAAGAAAUUAGCUUAGUGGACAAAGGAAAGUAAAUUCUUUUUGCACCCCCUAAAGCAAAGAAUCUAAAAGACUCUUUCAUCAGUUUUAAUCUUCUUGGAUCUCCUACCUUAUGCAAAACGAAGCUGUGAUUUUACAUACCAGUAAUAUUUUUAAAAACAUUCAUACAUGCACUCCCCCCUCCACACACACACACAUACACAUAAAUCUGGGUCUUGGUUUUUUGUGGAUUUUUUUUUGUUCAAAAAUGACAUGAUUGACGGUUUUUUAUGUCAUGACUUUAAAUUCCAGUUGGGUGAUUUUGAUAUUACAGACUCUUAAAAUAAAAAAAUAAAGCAAUGUAGAUAGACUAAAGCAUAUUCUGAGUUGAUUUACUCCAUACUUCCAUGUCAUUUAUAUCCUCUCCCAAAUCAGUGUUUACCUGGAGCAUUCACAGCAGAUAAUUGAUUUAAAUUACACUGCGUUGUUAAAGAGGCUUGCUAGGGGCUAAAGACCAGCCAUUGUCAUCAAUAGAUAAUGCUGGUGCUAAAGGAUGUUCCUUAUGUUAGAGGGGAAAAAAAUUUAAAUGGUUAAGAAUGGUUAACUCAGCUGAACAGUGCUCUUUCUAACCAAACCAAUAAGAUACAUUUUCACUUGCUGCUCAUAAGAAAAGGGAACAAACGGUUCCCUUUUCUUAUGCUAUCUAGAACACUUUCAUAGCGAGUUGUAUUAGAGCAGCAUUAAAUGCUAAAGUUAGGAGCACUGUUAUUUUGCAGUUGAGGAAACUAAGGUCCAAAGGAAGGUGGCAACUUGCUUCAAGUCAUCCACUGAGUUUGUCAUAGAGUUGAAAUGAGCUAAGCUUUCCUUACCUCUGCUACGGAGAGGCUCUUUCCACUUCCCCAUGAAAUAUGCAUCUAAUAAGACACGUCUAAAUACUGUUCAUUUGAAUCUCCAUAUCAACUCUAGUGCCAGGUGGAAAAUAGGUAUUUAAUGUCAGUUCUAGAAUCAUAGCAGAAAGCCACACUCUUCUUCCCUAUACAUGUAUCUUCUGAUUCUAAAGUUGUUAUUCAUUUAUUUUCCCUACUCAAAUCUGUUUUCCUGUAUCAGUUUUAAAAUAUGACAAUUGUGCUAAAAAGAUUUUGUUCUCUAGAACUCUGCACUAAAAAUUUGUAAUAGUAUGUAGUUUCUAGGAAAUACUAAUAUUGUAAUUUUAAAUUUAGGUUCAUAGACAAAAGUCAUGACUUCAUCAGCUGCCUAACAACUGAGGGAUCUGUUGAUAUUCAAACAAAUGACUGUUGUUUCCUACUUACAUGACCAUAACAUGCCUCUUGUUCAGGACAAGAGUCUUCUUUUUGUAAACUAGUGAGGCAGGAAAUAAGUGAAAUCAAGCAUAAUGAGAUCUGCAUUUCCCUCAACCACUAUAGACAAUGAGAACUGACUGUUUCCUUCUGUCUAAGUCUCCCCUCCAUUACCUCAGCUUCUCUAUUCCAUUCUGCAGUUCUCGAAGGACAGAGUUGCAAAAGCUAGCUAGAUGAAGUUUUCCAAAGAAAAGAAGCAAUAGACUUCUGAUCCUUGGCAAAGAAAAGUCCACUAAGAGAAAAAAAGAAAAAAAGGCCAUGUGAAUGAUAAUGAAAUUAGUAGCUAACUAAGUAAUGUUGCUUUAGAAUAGACUAAUAAUUGUAAUGUAAAUACACAGAAUUUUUAUUUUUCCUUAUACAAAUUUUAUAUUUUUGUUUAUAGAAUCUAAAAAUAGAUUUCUUCUCUUAUUUUACAUAAUAGCAAAAACACUAGUAAUCUUAAUGCAGAGAGUUAAACUACAGUUCAAGAAUAUGUAAGAUCAAGGAAUGCCUCAUGGGAACAAAGGUAGAAGAAAAACACGGAGUCACAGAAAGAAAAAUUUUUUAGUACAUCAGGAUGUCAUAAUGCCUGCCUUAUCAUAACUUAAUAGAUGAUCAAAUGUGUGGCAAAACUGGCAAUUACUCUGGUUUGGGAAAAUGUAAAACAAUGUGGUGUUUGGUUUGUUUUUAGAGAGAAUCUCGUGUUUUCUUUGCCACUAGAAUGAUGGCAGAAGCUUUGAUCAGAAUUGUAAUCUGUGAGAAUUAGAGCUUUGUUGAGCUACUGGUUGACCUAGAGACAACCCAGCCUUUAGAUGAGAACCAUCACUAAAUGCUCUAAUAUAUGUAGCAAUGAAGAAGAGGAGGCAGCCAUGCACUGAUUUAGCUGCACACACCACACAUGAACAUUUUGUCAUUGCAAGGUCAUGCUUUUCAGCUUUAAUCCUUCCACUCAGGGAAUGAAACCGUAAUGAUUCAGACACAGAAACAGAUAUUCUCAGUUGUAUCAUAACAGAGUAUCUGUUCACCUGUAUCAGCACAUUCAUUUGAGACUAGUUAUCAUUUUAGGAUGAGUAUAUCUUUUAUUUUAGUGGUGAGAAGUCUCUGCAAUGCAUCAAAUGAGAGCCUUGCUUGCCUACUAAAAAAUAUAUGGCAGCCAAUACAUUGGCUAGGGAGAAAGCAGUUAAAUCUUCCAGGUUUUGGUCUCCAGCUGAGCCUUAUAGGAACAUAAAAUACCUUACCACACAUAUGCUGGAAUGGGACCUGGGUUGCACUCCAAGCUCUGCAGAAGACAUGCUGCACAGUUUAUUCUGCAGAUGCCCAGGGACUUUGGUUCAGGGAAAUACCAGCUCUUGAGUCAGCUUGGCAUCUUUAACCACAUACCUGGGCACCCACCAGGUGUAAUUGCAUGUUUAUUUAAAAGUGACAAUUUUCUGCUUACCAAAUGACUACAGCAGGAGACUAUCUUUAUUUUUUUCUCUGUUACACAAAAUUUGAUUAAAAUUUAGAGUUGGGAAAAGUAGAAGUCACUUUGAAAAGUGGGAACAGUUGGUGGCAGUUGUGCAAGUGUCAUCGUUUUGUCCAGCUGCCUCCAGUGUGUGGAGUGAACAGGAUCCUGGGUUAGAAAUCAGAUUUGCAGCCUUUACCCCUGCAAAGCAUUAGGCCACAUACAUAAAAAUGGAAAUGUUAUCAACCUCUGCCUAACUUACAUGGAUGUAGUGGGGCAAGAAUGUAGGGGAGAGGAGGAAAAGAAUGAUGAAGAAAGAAAAACUUCCUGGUUAAAUCUUCUUAAGUAGGUUUUUUGAGACAUCGUAAAAAUAAAACAUUUCUGAAAAAAUAAAAACAAAGGCAUUUAUGAGUCACAGUCCACUGUCACUGAAAGGGUUAGUAUUUAGUUGUGUUUUCUGGGUAAGUAGAGAAGAACCCACAAACGAAUCAACACCACUAAUCUGUUCUGAGAUUCUGAUAAACAACCCGUUGGCUCUUAUGUCCAGUGUAACUGCCUUCUGAAUGCCUCUUAAACUAAUUUUGGUCAGGCCCAAGGUGGCUAGAGAUAGCUCUAUUGAUCUAUGACAAUUUGAGCUAGGAAGUGCUGGAAAGCAAUAUACCUUAUCCUUCUAAUUUUAGGUUUCAUGGAGUGAAAAGCAGCUGUUUAUGAGACAUCCUACUGAGUUAAAAUCUAAAGCCUGUAUUGUAGAACUAGAAGCAAUUCUGGAAAAGACAAAAGCAUUGCAUUGUAGCUAUUUUUUUCCUAGAUGGAAAUGUAUCUUUUUAUUACUCUUGCCAAAGAUACUUUACAUUUUGUAUUUUCAUCAAAACUCACAUUAUUUUGUAGAUAUUUAUAUUUAAAAUAUGUAUGUAUGUGUAAGAGAACAACAGGGAGAGACAGAGAGAAAUUGUGUUUAUGGUGGGUUGGAAGAAAAAUUGCCUGAAUGAAAUAGACAUUCUGCAAUAUUAUGUAAUGAUACUUUCCAACUGUCAUAAUAAGCAUUCAACUGUGGCAGCUUUGCCAUUGGAAGGAGUGUAGUCCUUCAUCAAAAUCUGAGCCGCUCAGCAAUCCAGAUGUGGCAUUUGAUUCUGGCUAAAUGGAAUUGUGAGUGUAUACAGUGAUGAAGAAGAAGUGCUGGCUCAGAUCUAAUGCUUGUAGAGAAUUUGAAAAAGUACUUUUAUUUUUAUAUGUAAUUUUAUUGCAGCGAAAUCAUAGUAUGUUUGUAGAAAACCAUUCUUUUUGGAACAUGCAUAGUGUUUAAAAGUCAAAUAAAUAAAGAUUAGACAAAUGUAAUUAAAAUUUAUUUUACUAUAAACUAAUUUUACAC